AUGAUUUUAUCUCCCAUUUCUGAGGUGGUGCUUUGUUACAUCUACAAAAAUUUGGAACAUCUGAGGUCCUUUUCUCAUUGGGAUAAUUGGGUAACAUGGAAGUGGAGUUCACUUCGUGUUAUUCCUUCCCAUGGGGCUUUAACAGCUGGAUUAUCUUCACUUGUCAAGCGUAGGAUGGCUAAAUGGAUGCCUCCCCCCCAAUUCUCCUUCAAGUUAGAUUUUGAUGGGGCUGCUAAAGGUAAUCUGGGGAAAUUAGGGAUUGGGGUGGUCAUCUUUGAUCAUAAUUAUAAGACUGUUAAAGCCGUGGGGAAAUAUAUUGGUGUAGGCUCUAAUAAUAUUGCAGAAUUUCAGGCAUUGUCUUUUGGUCUCUAUCUUUCCAUCUCUUUGGACAUUGAAGAUAUUGUCAUUGAAGGGGACUCAAUGUUGGUCUUUGAGUUGGUCUCUACUGAGAAAUGUGUUUCCUAG